AUGGUCAACCAAAGCUCCCCCAUGGGCUUCCUCCUUCUGGGCUUCUCUGAACACCCAGGACUGGAAAAGAUUCUCUUCGUGGUUGUCUUGAUUUCCUACCUCCUGACCCUGGGGGGCAACACACUCAUCAUCCUGCUGUCCCUGCUGGACCCCAGGCUCCACUCUCCAAUGUACUUCUUCCUCCGCAACCUCGCCUUCUUGGACCUCUGCUUCACCACAAGUUUCAUCCCUCAGAUGCUGGUCAACCUCUGGGGCCCGGAGAAAACCAUCAGCUUCCUGGGCUGCUCUGUGCAGCUCUUCAUCUUCCUGUCCCUGGGGACCACUGAGUGCAUCCUGCUGGCAGUGAUGGCCUUUGACCACUAUGUGGCCGUCUGCCAGCCCCUGCACUACGCCACCAUCGUCCACCCCCGCCUGUGCCGGCAGCUGGCAUCUGUGGCCUGGGUCACUGGACUGGUGGAGUCAGUGGUCCAGACCCCACCCACCCUCCGCCUGCCCUUCUGCCCCCACCGGCAGGUGGACGACUUUGUGUGCGAGGUCCCCGCUCUGAUUCGACUCUCCUGUGGGGACACCACCUACAAUGAGAUUCAGAUGGCAGUGGCCAGUGUCCUCAUCCUGGUGGUGCCCCUCAGCCUCAUCCUUGUCUCUUACGGCGCCAUCGCCAGGGCAGUGCUGAGGAUUAACUCUGCUGUAGCAUGGAGAAAGGCACUCAGAACCUGCUCCUCCCAUCUCCUGGUUGUCACUCUCUUCUACAGCCCAGCCAUUGCUGUCUACCUCCAGCCCAAAAAUCACCUUGCUCAAGAGAGGGGCAAGUUCUUUGGCCUCUUCUAUGCAGUGGGCACUCCUUCACUUAAGCCUCUCAUAUACACCCUGAGGAACAAGGAGGUAAAAAGAGCACUCAGGAGAUGGCUAGGGAAGAGUGGACAGCUCAGGGGAAACUGA